AUGCUAGUGUCAUCGAAUCCACCAGUUCAAACGGUUCAACUACCACCGCCUGCUGAGUUAGAUCCAGCUGAUCCCAUUUGGCGACAUGUCAAAACCGAAUGGGACCAACAAUUUAUCAAACGAGGCAAUUUCCUUCCAUGGCUGCGUGCUCAACUCCAGAUUGAUCCGAUAGAUGAAACUGGCCCAGCCCCCGAACCGCUUCUCUGCUACGUUAAACGGCGCCUGGCUCUCGCGCAACAUGAACAAAGACUUCGGGAAGCGGCGAAUCAUGGGCAGCCCGCCCCGGCUCAAGGCAACCAAGCUGCCCAUCCUAAUAGCGCAUCCAACAUGAACGGUACUUUCCUCGAGCCUACUCAAGCAUCAUCACUCGCUGCGCAAGACGUUUACCCCGGUAAUUCGUCGAGGUCUGGUCCCUUUGUGAGCCCGCAAUCUGAUGGAGCCGCUGCGGCAAGUCCGGCCGGUCAACAGUUUGACCAUAGCGCGUCUGAUGCUUCCCGUACUUCAAGCAAUCAAUUUUUAAAUCACGCUCAUGUCCCGCCACCUGCCAUGUCCUUCUCCAGUCAACCACCCUCAUCGACUGGCAAUGCUUUCAGUAGCCAGCUUGGCGCCAUAGCCGAUGCCCACAUGGGCAAUUCCUCUCACAUCACACCAACUUCAUUAUCUUCUAACUCCAACUCUCACACCAAUGAUUUAAAUUACAAUCCAAACGACUUAGGCACACCCCUCCCCUACCUUCAAGCUGGUACCCAAGCUCCCAAAUUCCCACAGUCUCAAGUUCUACUCAUGAGUCAAGAGAACGUCGAAACUGCCCCGCAGCAGUCAUCUCAGCUCGGUUCAUUUCCGACCACCAUUGCUUCGUCCACAUACGUCAAUCACCCCGCUCAGUCUAAUCCAGCUCUUACAUUUGUCGCCACGCAUUCCCAUCCGUUACAACCUCAAAAUGUGAAUCAAUACUCGCAUCCACUACAGCCGACGAAGGCUACGCAGUAUCAGCAAUCUCUAGAUACGCAGAAAAAAAAUUUCGAGCCCCAGGCGGAUUCAUUUGUUCAUCACAAUCAGUCCUUAGAUUUCAGUGGUCCUGCUCCCAACUCCGAUUCUGGUAAUUGGAAUGCAAGACCACUUGUACAGAUAGACCCCUCUCUUAUGGCAGGCUAUGAGAUGAGCUGUAACUUGACCUCACAAGUCUACGCUCAGUCGAUUCCUCCUAUCUCACCCGCAAUCGACGUGGCGCCCCAGCCAACUACAUCACAGCCCGUUGAUACUCCGAGCCCCCGCAGAACUAGAAGCGCCGCUGCCUUGACGAAAAAAAAUGGCACUGCUGCUACUCUAUCUCGCACACCUGUCAUUGAGAAAGCGCCACAUACGAAAGGGGCGCCUCGCACUGCGAGCUCAUCGACCGAAGAUACCUCGGUCGGAACCAUCCCUAGCCUCUCGGCAAAUAUCUCCCCUGCAAAUAAGGAAGCCAAUCCCAAAGCAACUUCAACCGCGUCACCCAAUCCCACCUCCAGCACCCCAGCCGACCAAUACGACCGAAAGGUUUGGAAGAGUCGCCUUUCGACUAUCCGAACCGAAUUGGAUCACAUCCCCAAAGCGCCCGCUCGAUCGGCAAUCAAAUUAGUCAAAAUCUUGAGUAUGUACAGCAUCUCUCCCACUCCCAGCACUGGUGAUUGGUCUACUGUGCCCCCCGAGGGCCGGAUAGAAGUCCUAUCAGCUAUGAAAGCAUCCGUGCCUCAAGAUUUCUUCAAUUCUUGGGCCUCCGAAAGCAAAGGCUUGUCCAUGCUUGAGGCGUGGCUUAAGGGCUCUGUCCAUGCACAGGAGAGAGCCAAACCCAGGAAAACGUCUGGCGGGAAUGGCGCAGAUGAAGAAACUUUACAACGCGAGACGCUUUUGACCCAUCUCCUGCAGACAUUAGGCAAACUUCCAUUAACGGUGGAAAAUCUCAAGAGUCACACAUUUCCGAAGCAGGUCAUGAGAAUCAAUAAAGAACAGAACGCGAACAAAUUUUCAGAUGCUAUCAAACGUUUGUCAGUCGGAUUAGAACAAAAAUGGCGCGCGAUUUGCCGGGGUGCACCAGCUCCGUUGCAAAGAAACGGGAGCAUUGAUAGCGUUUCUAACUCUGCCGCUUCAGCCUCUGAUACCAAAAAGCGGCCCGAAGCGGCUUCUGAUUCAAAUCAAAGCAAGAAGCGCAAAGUUGAAACAACCAGGAUCCCGAUCACUGCAACGUCUUCCACCAGUAAAAGUACCAACGACCUUUUUGGAAGACCAGACAAAGCCAAGCUCCCAGCAUUUACGAAGAAAGCCCUUGAGCCGAGUGCUCCCCCGCCAGUUGUGGUGCCCGAUAGCUUCGCCGAAGCCAUGGGGCUGCUGAAAGGUAGAAAUGCUACCGGCACGUCUGCGGAACUAGCGCCCUCCACUUCUACCACAUCAAGCAACGCAGGCGGCAAGCUGGCUAAGCGAGUCCGAUUUGUGGCCGACAGCGAAUUAUGUCAAAUCAAAAUCGUCGAACGCUUGGUUUAUGAGGGUGAGGAAUAUGAGACGCAUCCCGUUGGCGAUGCCAGGAAAAUGGAUGCUGUGGAGGGUAGAUAUUUGCAUCAGUCGGAUAGCUUCCUGGAAGAAGAAGUUGAAUGGGAGGCUCCAUCUGAGGUUGUAUUGACUAGUGAGACAGUCACCAACUUGGAAACCUCACCUUUGGUGUCUGCUGAGCUCGCAGCCCAAGAAGAGAGAGAGAAAGCUGUGCCUGCAGUAACAUAUGAGGAUGAAUCUCAGAUCCCGCAUACACCGCAUGAACCAGGCGAAUCAGAGUUAUCGACUGUUGGUGACGCCGGAUCUGCAGGUCUUCCUAAGGUUAUGAAGCUAGGCGGCAAUCUUCUGCUGGACCCAGAAGUGUCGCACUUGAUUGCUAAAGCCCAGGCCGAUAACUCAGUGGACGCGCCGGUUGCCCCGGAUCACACCGUGUCAAAUCUGCUAGCCCGUCUUGGUGGAGGUGCUGGCGCGCUAGCCGAACUGUCUAAUCAAUCCUCUCAGGCGCCUAUGCCUUUUCCUUCGGGGUUCGACACGGGUUUGCCUCCAGGACUCGACUUGAAUCUGUUAAAUUCGAUCUCCCAAAGUGGCUCGCUGCAGGCAAUCUUGGCUGGUACAAGCGGCAUCAACAUGCCCACGCAGCUCGUCUCAACCACCCACGUCGCUGAUACAUUUCUUCCCGCGGUCAGGGACAAUGGAUGGGGUGCUGCAGCCGGCUCGGCCUCCCGUGGACGUGACAAGAUGGACGCACCUGCACCACCUGCACCAUAUAUUCCGACCGGACCGAGCGCAGGCGUUUCUCGCAACAAACGCCGGAAGAAGGGCAAAGAUGGUGGCCAGCCCCGCAUGUCAGCUCAUGAUGCUUUGGGCCGACAUAUCAAAUGUAAAUGGUGGCCCGAUUGUCCUCAUGGCAAUAAAUGUUUCUACAAACACGGUUAA